AUGCCGCACGCCGACUCGAGCCUCGUCCCAGAGGACAUCAAGACCAAGCCCGAGUUCUACGCCCACAUCCACGAGCAGCUCGAGGCCCUCCUCGACGGCCACAGGUGGUGGGUGUCCAACCUCGCCCAGGUCUCGUCGCUCCUGUAUCACUCGUAUGCCGGCAGCGCGCUGUACGGCCUCUUGUCCGAGGAGACCACUACCCCAGUCGUCAACUGGUGCGGCUUCUACCUGCGUCCCGACGGCGCAGGCCCCCUCGUGCUCGGGCCAUACCACGGCCGCCCGGCGUGCGUCACCAUCCAGGCCGUCAAGGGCAAGGGCGUGUGCGCCGAUGCGUUUGUCACGGACACGGGCGUCGUUGUGACCGACGUGGACGCGUACCCGGGCCACAUUGCCUGUGAUGGCGACACAAAGUCUGAGAUUGUCCUUCCUCUCCGCCUCAACACGCCCGAGGGCCCCAAGACUGUCGGCGUGUUGGAUCUCGACUCGACCAAGUUCUCGUCCUUUGACGAGCACGACCUGGCGGGUCUCGAGCGCGUCGUCGAGAUCCUCGCAGCCGCAUCCGACUACCCCUAA